AUGUCGAACCAGACUCCCGAUAACUGGGAGGAUGAGCUCUCUCAGCAGACUCAGGGUGUCAACCUGAACGCACAGGGCCGCCCUCAAGCCCAGGCGCCCAGCUUCCAGCCCGGCACCGCUUCUUUCACGCCCGGUGCCUCUGCGUUUGUCCCCGGUCAGCAGUACCAGCAGUACGGUGGCCAGCCCUACGGUGGCCAGCCCUACGCUCAAUAUGGUCAACAGUAUGGUGGAUAUCCUCAGCAACAAGCCUACGGCCAGUACGGAGCCGCAUACAACCAGCAGCCCGGUGGCUACAAUCAGUACUACAAUCAGCAGCAACAGCAACAACAGCAGCAAUACGGUGGCUACAACCAACAGCCUCGUCAGAAUGUUCCUGUAGCCGCACCGCAGCAAACUGCCCCAGUUCAGUCCGCUCCCAAACCUGCUUCGAACGCCGCCCCUCCCAAGGCCAAGGUCCUCUCGAUUGGCGCUACUUCAUCAAGCGCCGCCCCGAAGACGAAGGAUACCAAGGGUGCGGCGGCCGCGGAGGCUGGUGCUAAAGUGACUGCUAGCAAGGCCAUUGACAAGACGGAAAACAAGGCGGACGCGAAGGCUGCUGCCGCUGGUAACUCCUCGCCAGCUCCAUCUUCGGGCCGUUCGAGCCCAGGACGUGCCAGCCCCUCUCGAGUUGAAGCGGCCAAGGCUGCUCGUGACGUUGAUGCUGUUGCUAAGUCGCAACAGGCGGAUGUCGACGAGGCAACGCUGAAGGAAAUUUAUGGCGAAAAGAGAGAGCAUGUCAAUGUCGUGUUCAUCGGCCACGUCGACGCUGGCAAGUCCACCCUUGGCGGCUCUCUGCUCUACUGCACUGGCAUGGUGGAUGACCGGACAAUGGAGAAGUACAAGAAGGAGGCCAAGGAGGCCGGUCGAGAGACCUGGUACCUCUCCUGGGCGUUGGACUUGACCAACGAGGAGCGUGCCAAGGGUAAGACCGUUGAGGUCGGCCGUGCCUUUUUCAAGGUUCAAGUUCCGUCGCCAGAUGGGCCCAUUGAACGUCAGUUCUCCAUUCUGGACGCCCCCGGCCAUAAGUCCUAUGUGCCCCACAUGAUUGGCGGUGCUUCCCAAGCAGAUCUUGGUGUCCUGGUUAUCUCGUCCCGAAAGGGUGAGUAUGAGACUGGUUUUGAGAAGGGUGGCCAGACUCGUGAGCAUGCACUUCUUGCGCGGAACUCUGGUGUCGAGAAGCUCGUUCUGGUUGUGAACAAGAUGGACGACCCCACUGUGAAUUGGAGCAAGGCUCGGUUCGACGAGUGCACGGUCAAGGUCCUGAAAUUCCUGGAGGCCCUUGGCUACAAGAAAGCGGACGUUUUCUGUAUGCCUAUUUCAGCUCAGCGCACUAUCGGAAUCAAGGACCGAGUGCCCAAGGAUCUAGCGCCAUGGUAUGAUGGACCCUCGCUGCUUGAAUACCUUACCGACUUCAAACUUCCCGAGCGCAAGGUCAACGCUCCCUUUAUGAUGCCGAUUAGCGCAAAAUACCGAGACAUGGGUACCAUGGCAGAGGGUCGCAUCGAAUCGGGUGUGAUCAAGAAGAACGGCACUUAUCUGAUGAUGCCCAACCGGACGGAGGUCCAGGUUUCCGCUCUGUAUGGUGAAACUGAAGACGAGAUUUCGACCGCCACCUGCGGUGACCAAGUCCGUCUGCGGCUGCGUGGUGUGGAAGAAGACGAUUUCUUCCCUGGCUUCGUUCUUUGCUCGCCGAAGCGCCCUGUCCACUGCGUCUCUGCCUUUGAGGCCAAGAUUCGUAUCCUGGAGUUGAAGAGCAUUCUCUCCGCUGGUUUCAACUGCGUGCUCCACGUCCACUCUGCUAUCGAAGAAGUCACAUUUGCUGCCCUCCUUCACAAGCUUGAGCCCGGCACCGGCCGCAAGAGCAAGCGCCCACCUCCCUUCGCUAGCAGGGGCCAGACGAUCAUUGCUCGCCUCGAGGUCACCAGCACCGCUGGUGCAGUCUGCGUUGAGAAGUUCGAGGAUUACCAGCAGCUUGGACGAUUCACUCUGCGUGACCAGGUACGAGCUUAUGUGUCUAUCUCUUUUGUGUUUUUACUGACAGCUUUGCUUUCCAGGGACAAACCAUUGGUAUUGGCAUGA